CAGGUACAUUGUAUUUGUACAAUGCCAAAAAUUGCAGCACAUGUAGUUGGCCAGUGCAGUGCAGUAGGCAUGGCCGAAGAUCAUAUAAAGCCUAGUUGUUGCAUUGCUUUUCGUCAUUCCGCGAAGUUGAAGUCGAGUGAACAGAGCUCGGAGAAUGGUCUGAAACACGCACCAACUCCCAGGCUGAGAAAAGCAACGCAACAGCGCCCAUUACAGGGUGCUGCUGCUGCUGCUCCUCCCGAGCAAUCAUUCUCAUCGUCGGACGUGUACAGACUUUGCAGGACUGAGGUACAUGUGUCCACGAGUUCAUUGAUUCUCAAUUCAUGACGUACGUGUACAUGUGCACACAGUAUGAGGGGAAUCCCAUCACAGCAUAGGAACUCAACAAGUGCAAUGUCUACGAACAAUGAUCAUACAGACCCUUCGGAUGCUACAAGCAGAUAUGAAUACCAGAAGCCAGCAGCCAGUAGACCAUCGUCGUUCAGCUCCCAAGCGCACGGUGAUGAUCACGGAGCAGUGCAUUUCACCAGCAAGGGAGCCGCAGCAAAUCCGAAGGACAGCCCAACCUCCUCGCUGGGCAGCGGCUCUGAGGAGGAGUUUGCCAGAACCCUUGCCAAGGGAUUGGACGACAUACGACAACUGCCCGAGCAGGCACGGAACAUGCUAGGGCGCAACGGAGCUACGACUGUGGAGUUCACGGGCGGGUAUCAGGUGGAUGCGGAAGAAGAGGUAGCAGCAAACCUGAUGUGCCCUAUCUGUCUGCACAUACUGCGCAAGCCAGUGCAAACCAGCUGUGGCCACCGGUUCUGCCAGUCAUGUAUCGAGUUAGUGCUAAGGAAGGGGCCGGAUCCCAGGUGCCCUGAGGACCGUCAACCCCUUGAUGAGGUGUUCAGGGACCGCCACUGCGAGAGGGAGAUCAACUGCAUCCCGGUCCGGUGCAGGAACUUCGCCAAGUGCCAAUGGAGAGGAAAGCUACGCGAGCUUGAGGAUCAUCUGAAGGUUUGCCCGUUUGAAAAGGUCGCCUGCACAAAUAAAGGGUGCCCGCAUACCGUGGAGCGGCAGCAUUUCGACGAACAUUUGGCUAACGAGUGUGCGCAUCGUCUCACGGUGUGCAAGUUCUGCAACCAGUCAAUACCACACGCUAUGAUGAAGAUACACAUCGAGGAGCACUGCCAGGAGGCUAUUAUCAGCUGCACGUCCCCUGGUUGCGAGAAGCGGCUACCCAGGAGACAACUACGCUCCCACCUCUCCACUGAGUGCCAGGCGGUAGAGGAACCUUGCAGUAUGGGAUGCGGUCAGAUGAUUCGACGUGCCGACUUCGGCCGCCAUUGCGUGGAGCCCAGUGCCACUGCGGCACACUUUGCAGCAUUCCACGGCAAGUUGCAGGGCGUGGAGCAGGAACUGCGCCGCAAGGAUGAUCUCAUUGAGCACCAGCAGAUGCAGAUAGCCAGCCUUCAGUCCAAGGUGGAGAGCAACGUCAGGCGAGGUUUGCAGGCGCUUGAUGCGCGUGUGGAUUGCCUGGCGGAGGACGUCAGGAGCCAGAAGACCUCGUCGCAGAGCCUGGGCCAGUCGGGCGCCCAGGGGCAACUGCAGCGGCGCGUCUCCAACCUGGAGAUGGACGUGCACACGACCAUGCGCAGCCAGACGGAAGCCAAGAUUGUCAGUGGUCAGCAGCAGUCAGUCUGUCAGGAGAUCGCCAAGCAAACCGAUCAGCUAGACCUGCGGGUCAUGGAGCUGGAGACGACAGCGUACGGUGGAUUCCUGAUCUGGCGCAUUCCCAACUUUUCCAAGCUCCUGGACGAGGCCAAGCGAGGAAUUAAGACCUCACACUACAGCCAGCCUUUCUAUGCAGGUAGAUAUGGUUACAAGGCAUGCGCCAGGCUCUACGUGAACGGAGACGGCGCAGGGCACGGCAAGUACGUGUCCCUGUUCUUCGUGAUCAUGGCGGGCGAGUACGAUGCCAUUCUGCAGUGGCCCUUCAACCGCCGCGUCACGCUCAGCCUCCUGGAUCAGUCGCCAGCCAGGCAUCACGUCAGCGAGACAUUCACUCCGGACAUUAGCAGCUCCAGCUUCCAGAGACCCACCAGUGGCCUCAACGUCGCAUCAGGCUGCCCCUGCUUCAUGUCACAUCAGAUGCUCAACAGUUCCGCCCAGCAGUACCUGCGAGACGACACCAUGUUUUUGAAAAUCAAAGUGGAGACAACGGGAAUGGAACACUUCACGUCAUAGUUACAUUGUGUACCGACACUUCGCCCAUCGUAUUUUUUCAGUCCCGUUUUCUCGGAAUACCCACGUUGAGAUAUCAUCGAGUCAGCUAAGUUAAUAUUUCACGAAGAACGUCAAGCUCAGCUAUCCAAGCAGUAAUCAAGCCCCUAAUACCGUACUUUCUAUUUAUUUCGAUCAAUGUGACAACAGGUUUCAAGUUUAAACACAUUUCAAUGCUCAAUCUCAGCGCAAGCUGGUAUCCAUGUAUGAAUAUUUGUCUCUCAGGCAUAACGUGUGUUCUGCACUUAACCUCUCAAUACUCUAUGUAUGUAUGUACAUGUAUAACCUAUAGCCAUUCAAGUCGUAGCGGCGCCACUAUACUUGUGCAUUAUUUUAGCAUCCCUUAUUUAUUUCACCCCUCCCUACGCCUUGUAACAACUUUCCCAUUCCCUUGGUUUCAACUAAAGUUAAAACGACACACAGCAUACUGUGUCUGCAUGCUGCCUUAGACAUGUACCGUAUGUGGCUGUGGAACUGCUCAGACUGGCUUCUGGAAAGAAAACAGCAGUAACAAACUUUAAAAAUACCUACAUGUAGCUAUAAUUAUUAGCCUGGAAGCUGACCGCUGACGUACUAGUAACGUUGGUCAAGAAGCCUGCUGAGCCAGCAUAAAGUACGACAUCGUAAUCCGCUGGACACCUAUCACCAUCAAAAGAAUACAAUCGUAAUCGUAUUUUUCUCACUCAAAAUAUUUAUUAUAUUCUCCACAAGUAUUUAUUUCUUGUUUUAUUCUCGUUCAUCCACCUUCGUGCCGGUUCACUAGUGAUAGGUAUGACAUGUAGUACAAUUUCUUCUACCAGCAUAACGUUUCGUAUCAGAUUCUAUUCAUCGGUGUGCAAAUACUACCCACACGAACUAUUUUUUCCACUCUCAUUUCUUGACCAUUAUUUAAUAAUUUUUACUUCAUCUCUCAACCGUUUCAUCUGUCCACUACAUGUAUAUCCUACUAAACGUUGUAAAAAGAAAAGUGCUUAGCCUUAGUGCUUGCACGGGUACAUCGGA